AUGGGCAACACUGGGGUCAUACAGGAUCUUAUCGUGGGCAACACUGGGGUCAUAGAGGUUCUUGUAAAGGACAUAAUUGAGGUCAUAGAGGCUCUUGUAUUGAACAUCACUGGAGCCAUAGAGGUUCUUGUGAUCGGCAUCACUAGCAUUGUAAAGGUUCUUGCAAUGGACUUUACUGGAGUCUUAGAGUUUCUUGUGACAACUGCUAAAUCCAGGAUGCUGACUCUCCUGUGUGCGUGCUUCCUGCUGGGCUCCACAGCGGCAUCUAGUGUUCAGUCGCGGCUCUCUUCCUACGCUGGGGAGUACGGAGCAGGUGGAGGAACGGCUUUCUCCUUCUCCAAUGAGCAACUGAACGGGCCAAUAUCAGGCUUACGCAUCAGGGAGAAUCCCAGCCAUGUGAUUGGGAUCCAGAUCCAGUAUGGUGGCACCUGGGGGCCUUAUUAUGGAAACCCCUCUGGUACCCUCUUCGAGGUCUUGCUGCACCGUGGUGAGAAUAUCACUCAGGUGUCGGGGAAAGUCGCCUCUUAUGUGAAUGAGCUGGUCUUCGUGACAAGUCGCGGGAGGAUAUUCAAAUUCGGGCAACCAUCAGGCAACAGCUUCAAUGAUUUUCCACUGUUUGAGGGCACCUCAUUGCGCUACAUUAGCGGGAGAUACUCCUCCGUCCUGCACAGCAUCGGCUUCCACUGGGGCGUCCAACCCAGCUGCUACUACUGCAAACAGGGAUCCAAGUGA